ACUUUCUGUUCCUGUGGUAUAAAAGCUCAUCUCUCUUCGUCCAGCUGCAGUCUGCAUCCGACUAAGAGAUGAGCUACCCACUAGAUCACUACGGCCCCUACCGCAGGGCACCGCAGGUCCACUCUGUCCGGCCUGCAGCUUCCCUCUCCUCCGGCUACCAAUCGCAGUCCUGGACGACCUCCCAGCGCCGCCGUCCGGCUUACAGCCAGACAGUCUCCUCCGACACAUUGGAGAUCUUUAACGGCGACAUGACUCGGAGAAACGAAAAAGAGAUUCUGCAGACCCUCAACGACCGGUUCGCCGGUUACAUCGAUAAAGUGCGCAACCUGGAACUGAUGAACUCAAAUCUGGAGCAGGAAGCCGCUGCGCUGCGACAUAGCCAAACAGGACGCGCUGCUUUGGGAGAGCACUAUGAGCGUGAGCUGGGGGACCUGAGGGGUCUGAUCCAGCAGCUAACAGGGGAAAAGACACGCGCACGUUUGGAGCAAGAGCACCUGGAAGAAGACAUCCAGCAUGUGCGGACCAGGCUCGAGGACGAGGCACGCAGCCGGGAGGAGCUGGAGGCAGCGGCGCGAGUCAUGAACAAAUAUGUGGAUGAGUCUGGCCUUGCUCGACUGGAGCUUGACAAGAAGUUGUGCGCACUUCAAGAAGAAGCUGCGUUUCUGAAGAAGAAUCACGAAGAGGAGGUGGCAGAGCUGCUUGCGCAGAUCCAGGGUGCACAGGUGAGCUUCGAGGCUCGAGACACGAUCAAGGCGGAUGUCACAAGCGCGCUGCGGGAGAUUCGUGCUCAGCUGGAUGGCCACGCCACCAAGAGCGCAGUGCGGGCGGAGGAAUGGUUCAAAGUACGUAUGGAGAGGUUGUCGGAUGCAGCUCACUCUAACACAGAUGCGAUCCGUGGUGCCCAGGAUGAAAUAUCAGAGUACAGACGCCAGCUGCAGAGUCGCACCAUUGAACUGGAAACACUCAGGGGAACCAAGGAGUCCCUGGAAAGACAGUGCAUGGACAGAGAGGACAGACACCAGGGAGAAAUCAACUCACUACAGGAGACCAUCCAUCAGCUGGACAAUGAGCUAAAGAGCACUAAGUGGGAGAUGGCCAGUCAGCUGAGGGAAUACCAGGAGCUGCUGAAUGUCAAGAUGGCUCUGGACAUAGAGAUAGCAGCCUACAGGAAGUUGCUGGAAGGGGAGGAGACUCGGUUCUUAUCUGGGCCAAGUCUGUACUCCUACCCCACUGCCCACCUGAAGCUGAAGGGGGAGGAGCUCUCAGACACAGUCAUACUGGAGGAGCAGACAGAUGAGACUCAGGUCACUGAAGUGACAGAGGAUGCUGAGGAUGGUGAGGAAGGGAAGGGAGAGGGAGAUGAGGAGGAAGAGAAGGGAGAUGGAGAAAAUGAGGAGGAAGAUGAUGCGACCAAAGCUGUGGUAGAAGAUGCAGAAGAGGAAGAAGCUCCGGAUAAGGAAGGAGAGAAGGAAGAAGGAGAUAAUAAGGAGGAUGCGGAAGGAGCUACAGAUAAGGCAGGAGAGGAGGAAGAGAAAGGAGCUGCAGAUAAGGCAGGAGAGGAGGAAGAGGGAGAUAAAAAGGAGGAAGAGGAAGGAGCUGUGGUUAAGGUGGUAGAGGAGAAAGAGGAGGCAGGGGAGGAAGAAGAGAAAAAUAAGCCUGAGUCACCUCAAAAGGCAUCUUCUCCAUCCAAAUCCCCACCAGCCACAUCCCCCCUCCUAAAAUCACCCACCAAAUCUCCCGCCCCCAAAUCACCCACAGAGAAAUCUCCUCAGCCAAAAUCACCACUGAAAGCUCCAUCCGUGAAAUCACCAACAUCUAAAUCUCCUCGUAGCAAAUCCCCAGAGGUUAAGUCUCCCCUACCUAAGUCUCCUGAACCCAAGUCCCCAGUCCAAGAGAAGGCCAAAUCCCCUGCAGAAGACAAACCUGCCAAGGAGAAGAAAGACAAGGAGCCUGUGAAGGAGGAGAAGAAACAGGAGCCUGAGCCCAAGGAAAAGGAGAAGGGUGAGAGCCAGCCUAAACAAGAGAAGUCCGAGGAGAAGACCGACAAACCAGACCCCAAGGAGAGCGACACCUCUAAGGAGACUGAGCCCCAGAAACCUGUUCCGGAAAAACCUGCAGCAGAAAAGCCCGCCCCCACCAAGGAAAAGCCCACCCCCACCAAGGAGAGCCCCACUCCUACUAAGAAGGAUGAGGAGAAACAGGCCCCUGCCAAAACAGAUGACAAACCCCAGGCAGAGGAGAAGACUGCCCCCAAAGAAUCACCAGAGAAAACUGAGAGCAAAAAAGAGAAGAAAGCAGAACCCAGUAAGGAGGUGAAGGAGGAGGAGAAGACAGUGGAAAAGAAAGCAGAGCCCAUUGAAGAGGUGAAGGAGGUUAAAAAGCUGGAUAAGAAGGAGGACAAGAAGCAGGAUAAGGAGGACCAGAAGGAGGAUAAGAAAGCAGAGCUCAUUGAGGAAGUGAAGGAGGUUAAAAAGGAAGAUAAGGAGAUCAAGAAGGAGGACAAGAAGGAGGAUAAGAAAGCAGAGCCCAUUGAGGAGGUGAAGGAGGCCAAGAAACAGGAUAAGAAGGAGAUCAAGGAGGAGGAUAAGGAGGAUAAGAAGGACAUCAAGACGGAGGACAAGAAGGCCACUAAAGCCCCCAGCAGUAAAGAGGAAAAGGACACAAACGAGAAGUCCUCCGGCACUGAAGUCAAAGAGGAGAAAUCCAAGAAGUGAAACACUAAAAUAAGUGGAAGUGAGGAAGAUGCCAAAGAACUAAUAGGAUGGGACGGGGUGGGGGGUGUGGGGGCGCUACUGAAGUCCUGAACAAGGGAGGCCAGAGAAAAAUGGUAAACAAAGCAAUAGUGUUUCUCUAAUUACUAACCCCUGGAUACUCAAACCUAGUCAACCCUGAUAUGAUGCUUAUUCAAGUGAAUGAUUGUAGUGAAUGCAGAAUGCUCUAAAAUCUAUCUGAAUGUGUCUAUCUGACUUCCCAUCAAUAAUAAGUGCAUUAAAAUAACAGCAUUGCUCUUGCUGGGAGCGUAGCACAGGGCCAUGUACCUUCUGAAGCCUUCAAGGGCAGAGAUGUAAAAAAAUGCCUAUAAAAGAUUGUGAUAGAUUAUUCUAUUGUACUGUAUAUGUAUAUUAAUGAAGAUAUAAAUGAGUAUAUUAUAUUUGCAAAUAUGUAAUCAGAGAAAGACUUUAUGAAUCCGCUCAAUGUGCACCUUUUAACCAGCUCCCUGGCAGCUGGAGGCGCUGACUCAUUGUACUGUGUUAAAGUCAGAAAUAACACUGACAUCAAAGGUGACUGUGGUGUCCAUACAUGCUGAUGAAUUAAUAAAGUUUAAAACUGUAA